AAACGAUGCAACGGUUACACAGUUCAGUUCGACCUUCUCGAGCUCUCAGUCGGCUGUUAGUAGUGCUUCGCCGUCCGCCAUUACUGUCACUUGAUCACUUCGCGCGCAAUUUCGAUUCUCGAACGUCGCGUGUGGCGGGAACGUAAAUAUUUUUUUUGAAAAAGGAAUUCAUUUGUUUGAAUAUCUUCGGUUUUGUGUCUGUGUUUUAGUGAACAGUGCAGUUUUGUGUUUUUGUGUGAGAAUUUAUUCGAUUUAGUGGCCACACUUCAAAAUAUUGCAUCAAGAUGACGGUGAGCAUGGAGCAACAUCUAACAACUGACGACAGUCAAUCGGUAGUAUAUGGCUACCGCAAGAGCCGUUGGCGGACGGUGCUAACCUACGUGCUGUCGACCCUGUUCUGUGGACUCCCCUUCCUGGUGUUCCACUGGCUUCCGACCUGGUUCCUCUACGUUACUUGUGUUCGCUGCUCCUUCCAGUUAGCUGAUAGAGUGCUUGUUGUUGAAACAUACCAAAAGAAAUGCAAGAGUUACUACAUACACCUAAUAUUACACAAAGAUAUAGCAGAUACUAGUGGAUUACUGAACCAAGGGUUUGACGAUGAAGGCUCGAAGGAGAAGGGUCCCAUCGAAAGCGCGGACGCAAUACACACUCCCAUACACCUAGAUGAUGGGACCACGCUUCAUGUACAGAACUACAGAUACUUCCGACAUAAGAAGCAAUCUCUUAUUUGGGAUGGUAGUCGAGCCAAGUGGACAAGGUUAGCGGGCAUCGAAUCUGGAGCUUCAUGUGCACAGCUACAAGCCAUGGGGGCUACACCUCCGUCCAGUGAACGAAGAGUUAGGAUGUUAAACAUCUACGGUCUAAACGAGAUCACCGUGCCGGUCCAGUCGAUAAUGACGCUGAUACUCCUGGAAGUCUUCAAUCCGUUCUACGUGUUCCAACUGUUUACAAUAGCUGUGUGGCUCGCUGAACCCUAUUAUUAUUAUUGUAUUGCCGUCGUAUUAAUGUCGACGUUUGGUGUUGCCACAUCUGUUAUACAGACCAAAAAGAACCAAAGCAACCUCCGUGCGACAGUGGAAGCUCACGACACGGUAGAGCUAUGGGACGGCCGCAGGGUGGACAGUCGCUGUGUCUCCCCGGGGGACAUCAUAGUGCUGCCACCUCGCGGGUGCAUCUUGCACUUCGAUGCUGCGUUACUCUCUGGCGCUGCUGUGCUCAAUGAGAGUAUGCUUACUGGUGAAUCGGUGCCCGUUACAAAAACAGCCUUACUUCGAGUGGACCGUCCCUUCGACUUGAAGGAGCAUGCGUCCAGUGUGCUGUUCUGUGGCACCAAGGUCAUACAGACCCGAUACUACAAUAAUGAACCCGUCAAGGCUCUAGUACUCCGUACAGGCUACAAUACAAGUAAAGGUCAGCUAGUCCGAAGCAUCCUAUACCCAGUACCAGCAGAUUUCAAGUUCGACAGAGAUUCUUACAAGUUUAUCAUCAUACUCGCCUGUAUAGCGACCAUAGGACUCGCCUACACUGUCGCGCUCAAGGCUUACCGCUCUCUAAGCCCCGGAGAUAUAACCCUAAAAGCUUUAGAUAUAAUAACGAUAGUGAUCCCGCCCGCGUUACCGGCGGCCAUGACAGUAGGGCGGCUGUACGCCGUGGCGAGGUUGCGGCGAGCUCGCAUCGCCUGUCUCAAUACUAGAGCCGUUAACGUCAGCGGAUCGCUGGAUUGUGUGUGUUUUGACAAGACAGGAACUCUAACAGAAGACGGUCUGGACAUGUGGGGUGUGGUGGCAGUCAGUGGGGCCUCUAAGCCCCCUAGGCUCGGCAGACCCCAGCGUGACCCCCGACAGCUAAACGAGCUACACCCCCUGAAGUUAGGCAUGGCCACCUGCCACAGUCUCACGCUGCUUGACGAUGAGUUGGCUGGAGAUCCACUAGAUUUGAAGAUGUUCGAGUCGACCGGCUGGGUGCUAGAAGAGCCGGACAUUCCAGAACAUUCCAACUACGAGAUUCUAACUCCUACUAUAGUGAAACCGAGGAAAACUGCCAAUAUUGACGUCGACGAUAUUCAUCUACCUCUAGAAGUGGGUAUAGUCCAACAACAUCAGUUCGUGUCCUCCCUACAACGUGCGUCGGUCGUGACGCGGGUAUUAGGCGAGGAUGUAUUGCGCGUCUACACUAAGGGGGCGCCGGAAAUGUUGCGCACGCUCUGCAUUCCCGAAACUGUUCCCGACAACCUGUAUGAAGUUUUGAACUCUUAUGCGGAAAAGGGGUACCGGGUGAUCGCGGUAGCCACCAGGGUCCUGGAGGUGACCUUCAAACAGCUGCAGAAGAUGACCAGGGAAGAUGUGGAGUGUGAGCUGGAGUUCCUCGGUCUGGUGAUAAUGGAGAACAGACUGAAGGCGGCCACUACCGGCAUCAUACGGGAGCUGAAGGAAGCCAACAUUCACGUCGUUAUGAUUACCGGGGACAACGUUCUGACGGCGGUGAGCGUGGCGAAGGAGUGCGGCAUCCUGCAGGGGGACGAGCGGCUCGUACUGCUCCACGCAGACUCCGCGGGGGGGACCCCCACCAUAUACUGCGAGAGCACGCUGCAUGGGGCGACAGUAGGGCGGCGCUGCCCGCUGCAGCGCUCGUGGCGCAGCGUGGACAGUGGGCGCGGCUCCUGGCGCUCCGCCUCCGCCUCGGCCUCCGCAGACCUGCACACUCUGGACGCGGAGACCGGAGCCCUGGAGCCCCGGUACAAGAUCGUCAUGACUGGAGACACCUGGCGGGUCCUUCGUGAACACUAUCCGAACAUGGUCCCCCGUGUAGUAGCCCGCGGCGCAGUGUUCGCUCGCAUGUCGUCCGACCAGAAACAACAACUCAUUGUGGAGUACCAGGCACUGGGGUACUAUGUCGGUAUGUGCGGUGACGGCGCAAAUGACUGUGGAGCCCUACGCUCCGCCCACACGGGGAUAUCGCUCUCUGAACUGGAGUCUUCCGUCGCAGCACCCUUCACCUCUGCCAACCCCGACAUCGUAUGCGUGGCGAGAGUACUACGAGAGGGACGAGCCGCCCUAUCAACCUCAUUCGGAGUCUUCAAAUUCAUGGUAGCCUAUUCCCUCUCAGAAUUCUUCUCAGUAGCCUUCCUUUAUUACUUCGAUUCAAACCUCACCGACUUCCAAUUUCUCUACAUAGAUGUCGCUUUAAUAGUAAAUUUCGCAUUCUUUUUCGGUAUGACGGAAGCUUAUACGGGUAAAUUAUGUAAGACGCCGCAUUUAACGUCGUUACUAGGACUAGUACCCCUCUUUUCUCUUGUCGGUCAAAUGAUCCUAGUUGGCCUAGGACAGUAUCUUAGUUAUUUAGCGUUGACAUUCUUCCCUUGGUACGUUAGGCAUACUUAUGAGGGCGAUGAAGCGAAUGAAUGUUGGGAAAACUACGCCAUUUUUGCUAUAUCAAUGUUCCAAUACAUUAUACUAGCUAUAGUAUUCAGUCACGGAUCUCCUUAUAGAAAAUCUGUUAUAACAAAUAAGCAACUUAUGAUCAGUAUGCUUAUAAUGACAUGUAUCUGUGUUUACAUAGCCGUAUGGCCGGCAGAAUGGGUAGCCAAGUUCCUUCAACUAAGAAUGCCAAAAGAUACUCUACUCUCAUACAUAAUUCUAGCGUUGGCAGCUUUCCAUCUCCUCCUAGCUCUUUUAUUCGAAAGAGUAAUCAUAGAAUAUUUAAUGGAAGGCAAGCAAUGUAUACCAAAGUUCUUAAAAGAAAAAAGGAUUAGAAAAACUCCGCAUUUGUUAAUUAGAAGGGAAUUGACGGAUAUGGAUUAUUUGGACUGUGAUAGCGUUAUCAAGUAUGAUAAAGAAACUAGCGAUUCGGCCUUCGAAUCUUCGGGAAAGGGCAGCUGAGACGAGAUUUCCCCUUUUUUAGUAUAAGACUCGAAUUAACGUGGUCAAAUGUGAUCUUUAUUUCGUACCAAAUUGAGUUCAAAUUGUCUAGAUCAAUUUAUAUUUUAUGAUAUAUAAAACAUAAACAUUAUUCUAUUUUGAAUUAUUAUAUGUGUUACAUAUAUGUUUUUUUUUUCAAUAAAUCUUGCCCUUAUUUUGUAGUGCCAUUUUAAUAUACAGAUAUUAAUUCAGGUGCAAAGAUUAAUUAUGAAUUUACACUUAUUUCUAAUUAUUAGAAAUGUCAACACAAACAUAUCAAGGAUUGUCGAUAUGUUUAUAGAAAAUAUUUUUAGUGAUGUAAUCGUUGUUGUUAGAAUAUAUCGAUUCUAAGAAUAUUUUUAUUGUUACGUCUCUACGUAGCUAUCGAUAAAUUUGAAACUAUCGAUAUUAAAGUAUAUUAUUUAUGUCGCGACACUCAAAUGAACAAUUUAUGAAUUAGAUCAUAAAUAAAAAUAUUUAUUUAUAAUUCUCAACUUUUUAAUAUAAAUUAUAAAGUUAUAUAUUUCUCUUGUAAACCUACUGUAAGUUUAGUAUUAUUAUUUUAAUAGUAAAAUAAGCAAUUAAUGUUCUAAUAUUUGAAUUAAAACAUUUCAAAGGAGGUCGUAAUGCUAAUAAUGUAGUACCUACGUCACAAUUAUAUGGUGCUUAUUUUCAAAACUUAUUUACAAUAGCAUUUGUGU